AUGACCAAAUUAGUUAAAAUAUGUGGGAUUAAAGCCGAGGAUGCGGCAGCCAAGGCCAUCGAAUCAGGAGCCGAUUUGUUAGGCAUGAUCCUUGUGCCCAAUAGAAAGCGUACAGUAGAUCAUGAAGUAGCCCAAGCAAUAUCGAGACAAGUUAAACAAGCCAGAAUUAGUAAACACAGACAAUAUCAGAGUAUAAAUGAAUUACAAUUACAUAUAUCAACACUUCCUAUUAAGUCGAUUAAGGAAUACUUUGAAAUUGUAUCACAAUUACUUAUUGAAAAUGGACCAUUUUUAGUCGGAGUAUUCCGUAAUCAAAGUAUUGAAGAUGUAUUAGAUACAGCAAGUAAACUUGAAUUAGAUUUUAUACAAUUACAUGGUAAUGAAAACAAAGUAGAAUAUAUCAAAUUAAUUAAUCAUAAGUUUGGAGUCAUACCGAGAUAUGUUAUACCUCAACAGAUUAAUAUUAUGCCUCAUGAUUUUGAACAAAUUAUUAAUUUUAAAAGUGUUAGUAUACCAUUAUUAGAUUCAGAUGCUGGAGGUGAAGGUAAAGUUAUAGAUUGGAAUUUAAUUAAUAAAGAAUUAAACUUUGGAAAUUUCAUUUUAGCAGGAGGUUUAACUCCGGAUAAUUUAAAGGAUACUGUCACAAUUAAUAAUGUUAUUGGUUAUGAUGUUAGUGGAGGAGUUGAAGAUAUUAAUGGUAAUAAAGAUUUUAAUAAAGUAGAGAAAUUUAUUACAAUUGGUAAAAGUAUAUAG